AUGAACGAUUCAAAUAACCAAAAUAAUGAAGUAAAUGAAACUUCAACAACAUCCACUACAACUACAACUACCACCACAACAACAUCAAACGAUAAUAAUAAUAAUAAUAAUAAUAAUAAUAGUAACAGUAAUAGUAUACAUGAUUUUACAUUAUUUGAAUCAUUCACAUGGGGUCAAAAAAUAUAUAUUGAACUUGAUGAAUCACCAAUGUCAACAAGUGAUCCAGAAUAUCAAAAACAAGUUAAAUCAUCAAUUACACACUUUUUUACAGCAUCAAUGAAUGUAUCAAAACAACAAAUUUUCUCAAAAAAUGAAGAAUUGGAAGAUAUUAGAACUGAUUCUUUAAAAUAUUUAUUAAUUCCAUAUUAUUUAUCUGAACUUUAUUUAAAAAUUACUGGUUCUGAUAGAAUUAAAUUUUUAAGAACUUCAAAACAAAAAGUAUUAUCAUUUUUACAAGAAUGUGAAAGAUUAAAAUUAAUGGAUAAAGAGGAUUUAGAAAUUGUUCAUAGGGAAGGUAAAUCAGAUCCAGUUAAUAGAAGAAAUGAAUUGAUAAGUAGAAAUAAGAGAAAUAGAGAGAUUAAAGAUAAGUUGGCAUAUACAGUUAAAAAGAGAAUUGAAAUAUUGAAAGCAGCAGGUAAAGAUUCAUCAGAGAUUGAAGAGAGUGAUACAGGUGACGAGGAAUUGGAUAGACAAUUCUCAAUGUUAUUAAUUAAUGAAGCGAUAUUUAAAGCAAUUGGGUUAUUGGAAACUAUUGAAAUCGAACUUCCAAUGCUUCAACAAAUUGAAGUUAUUAAAGAACAAAACGGUGGUGUUGUGCCACCACCAAAGGUAUCCACCAAAGGUAGUGGUAUAGGUAAUUUUCAAAUCUUGCCAGAUGGCAGAAGAAUUGCAUUGGAUCGUGUUUUUAGACCAAGUCAUAUCUUACCAACUAUGACUCCUCAAGAAGGUGCCGAAUGGGAUAUGCACCAUGGUGGUAUGGUAAAGGGCAAAGGUGGUAAAGAAAGCGAAGCAAAAGAAAAAACUGACGAAGAUUUAGAUGCUGAAGAUGAUGAUGAUGAAAAAUUAAGAGAAAAAAGAAAUUGGGAUAAUUAUAAAGAAGAUAAUCCUAAAGGUUGGGGUAAUUCAUUAAGAAGAUAA